AUGUUUGGGUCAUAUGAAGAUGGUUACAAGUGGAUACCUAAGGUUUUAGAACAGAUAAAGAAGAAGAAUAGAGGAUCCAUAGGUGUGGUUGCAACUGAUAUGGACAAGUAUUUCAGUUAUUGUUGUCUUUCAUUCAAGGCAUAUUUAGAAGGGUUCAAGAAUGGAUGCAGGCCAUUCAUUGGUCUAGAUGGAUGUCACCUUAAUGGAAAAUAUGGAGGAGUGUUGUUGUCUGCAGUGGCACUUGAUGGAAAUAAUGGUAUGUAUCCCCUUGCCAUAUUCAUUUGUGAUUGUGAGAAUAAAGAGAACUGGAUAUUAUUUCUGAACCUUAUCAAAGAUAUGUUAUUAGAGCAUCCAGCACCAUUGACAUUUAUCUCAGAUAGACAAAAGGGAUUGAUUCCUGCUAUUCAAAUAGUAUUCCCUUCAAAUAGAACCAGAUAUUGGUUCAGACACAUGUAUGAGAAUUUUAAGACUAAACACAAGGGUGUUCAUAUGAAGACUUUAGCAUGGGGUGCAACAAAGGCCUAUAGAGACACAGACCACACUAGGUACAUGGCUCUCAUGGAAAAAGAUAACAAGAAGGCACACCAGUGGUUUGAAGAUGUACCAACAAUCCAAUGGGCCAGAUCCACUUUUGACCAUACUUCAAAGUGUGAACAUGUAACCAAUAACUUCACAGAAUGUCUCAACAGUUGGUUAGUGGAGUUAAGAUGCAAACCCAUCCACAUGAUUCUUGAAGGGUUCAACUUGAAGAUGAUGAAUUUGAUGUUUGAUAGAAAGAUGAUAGCCAAGAAAUGGGAAGCUGAAGGUUUGAUAUUGGUCCCCAUAGAUGAUAGGAUUAUGAAGAACAUAAUCAAUUUGAAAAGAAGAUACCAGUUGUUUGGGUCAGAAGAAUAUAUUUGGUGUGUGAUGAACUAUCUAACAUCCAGAAGAUGGGAGGUUAAUUUGACAAAAAAAACUUGCACUUGUUGUGUGUGGGAGAUUACUGGGAUACCAUGUGUUCAUGUUGUUGCUGUAGCUUGCCAUCUAAGAAUGGAUCCCAAUAGCUUGGUGGAAGAAUACCAUAAAGUUUCUGCAUAUAAAAAGGCCUAUGGUGGAAGGGUGGAACCAUGUGCUAGUCAAGAUGGAUGGAUUGAGAUGAGUUCUGCUAUUUAA